CUUCCUUUUUGGGAAUGUAAACAAACAAAUAGCAAACUUCUCAAAACACGUGAACUUAUCAACAAUACAGUUCAAUGCCGGUGUUGCUUAGCAGUUUGCUUAAGUUUAGUAAAAAUAGUCGAGUAACAAGUUGUUGCAAAUUGUGGCAUACGUUGUCCGCUAUAUCCAAAGCGAAUAGCAGCACCAUGUCCGAAACUUCAGUUCAAAAUUUAGUGUGGAUAGACUUGGAAAUGACGGGGCUGGAUGUGGAUAAGGAUCGAAUUUUAGAGAUCGCUUGCAUUGUAACCGACAGCAAAUUAAACAUUAUUGCAAAAGGACCAAACAUAAUCAUAAAUGAGCCUGAUGCUGUUCUGGAAGGAAUGAACAGCUGGUGCAAGGAUCAUCAUUCAAAAUCGGGAUUGAUAGAAGCUGUGAAGAAAUCUACCUACAGUGUAGACCAGGCGGAAAGGGAUGUAUUAGAUUUUGUUAAAAAAUACUGUCCUGAGCGAAGGUGCCCGAUGGCAGGAAAUAGCAUUUAUAUGGACCGCUUGUUCAUUAUGAAAUAUAUGCCAACAUUGAAUGAAUAUCUUCAUUAUCGUGUGAUAGAUGUAAGCACGGUGAAGGAAUUAUGCAAACGAUGGAAUCAAAACGUCUAUAACUCUUCGCCACCGAAAAAGCUUGCCCAUCGUGCUUUGGAUGACAUUGAAGAAAGCAUUAAUGAGAUGAAAUAUUACAAGAGCAUGUUUUUCAACUCAGAUGAAACUAAAAUUGGUCGUGACUAGGAACCAUAGAUUUGUGAAUACAUAUAUUGCUCUAAAACUUUCAGUUAAUAGUGUGGCACUAGAAAAUGUAGUGAGAAUAAAAGCCUAUUUUUUUUUAAAAACAUCCGAUUUUAUUUUAUUUGCAGCCACUUUCCCAAACUCGAUCGUAGAGUGUCGACGACGGUGAACGAAUUUGUGGGCCACGUGAAGGAUAAUUCAACCCCUCUCGGGUAAAAGCUAUCUUUUCGUCCGUUCGACACCAAUAAUUUAGUUACUCUCCCGAGUAAUUUAAGGAGCACAUAAGGAGCAGAAGUGAGUGAAGCAUGAUGAGAGGUCUUUCGUGAUCCGAAUAUGCAAAAAUUAAAAUGGUGAAGUUUCUCUUAUUUGCAAAAUCCCAAUGAUUCUUUAUUCAUUCAAUGUACGGUCCCUUUUAUACGCUCAGAAGCCCAUACAAUUGGCAGGGUGUUAGUGUAUCCUUUUUGAAUUCGAGAAUGAUUAUUAUAUAAGGAUGAGUUCCUUGGGUUAGAAUUUGUUUCGCUUUUUUAAUACGCUUUACCGGGUUCUAGAUAAGGAUGAUCGCGCAUCUCACUAGUUAACAAGUUUUACGAAAAAACGGUAGUUUUUACAUGACUCUCUUGCUGAUCCAAGCAAACCACUAUUUUAUGUCAUUUUGACAAUCGCUUCGAUCAAGUUUGGGAAAGGAGCUGUCGGGCUUAUACAGUGAACCCUCUCUUAU